UUCGUGACUUUACGGAGUUGACUCUGCGUGCGAUGAUUGCGCAGAACACACUGAAAUCACAAGUCAGUCACAACAUGGCGUUUUUAGGCGAAGCUAAUCUUUAUUCUUCGUUUUCGGGAGUGCAAAAUACCCCGUUUCAUAGCGCUUUGCAUGAUUUGUCAAGCAAUACUUCGGUCCCAGACAUUUACGGUUCACAACGAUCCCAGGCACCAUUGACUACUGCAACGUCUGUAGUCGGACUCCAAUUUAAAGACGGAGUUGUGAUAGCAGCUGACGUACUCGGGUCGUACGGGUCGUUAGCCCGCUUCCGAAAUUGUCAGCGUAUAAUGAAGGUCAACGACAAUAUCAUCUUGGGAGCCGGUGGAGAUUAUGCAGAUUUUCAGUACCUAAAGAACAUCAUUGAGCAAAAGAUACUUGAAGAAGAAUGCCUAGAUGAUGGAUUCUCCUUAAAACCUAAAUCACUGCACUGUUGGUUAACUAGAGUAAUGUACAACAGGCGCUCGAAAUUUGAUCCGUUUUGGAACAAUUUUAUCAUCGCUGGACUGGAAUAUGGACAGCCGUUCAUGGGGACGGUAGAUAAGCUUGGAACAGCUUACAUUGAUCCUGUGAUUGCAACUGGUUACGGAGCCUACAUGGCUACACCUCUGUUACGAAAGGCGCUAGAAUCGAAACCAGAUUUGAAUAAAGAAGAAGCUAUAGAGAUCCUGACCAAAGCUAUGCAAGUGCUCUUCUACAGGGAUGCUAGAUCAUUUCCAAAGUACCAAAUUGGAAUCAUAAGUACAGAAGGAAUAGAGAUUAGGGGACCGCUAACACUGGAGAGCAACUGGGAGCUUGCUCACAUGAUUGGUUAAACAUGGUGCAGAAUAUGAGAGAAUAACAAAUAAUUGCAUAACACUGCGGUGAAUGUGGUAAUAGUGUCGAAUGUGUUUUCAAACGUUCUAUCACAGAAUUGAACUAUUAGCGCAGCUCCGUGAAAAUUGAUUCUUUUGUAUCAGUAAUAAAAUAAAAUUCAAAAUUUGUUUAUUUA